GGAGAGAGGAGGUGGAGGAAGAAGAGGUGGGCAGCGCUCUGACUGUAGAGUCUCUUUCUGUUUCAGUCAGACUCACAGACUGCAGGUCUCUUCCUCCUUCUGUGUCUUUUGGGCUCCUGCUGCGGAUGACUGGAUGAAGGAGUUUAGCUGUGUUUUGGCUGCUGCUUAGUUAUGAACAUGGACUUGAACUAAGCAGCUACAAGACAUGAGGAGCCACUGGACAUUCAUUGAGAAGCAACAGCUCCUGAUGAAGACAGCUGUGGCAUGAAACCAAAUCAGAUAUAUCUCCCGUUCAUUGCAUCCUCCCUCAUCUCAUUUAUUCACCUUCCUGUCAGGAACUCUCACCUCAACUUCACCGCAUUGAUGAGGUAACGUCAAGCUCCCCACUUUGCAGCACCCACCUGCACCUUCACCCCCACACCCCCACCCCUCCUUCUGUCACCCUUUCCAUCUCAGCCAUGGGACAGAAGAUCUCUGGAAGCAUUAAAUCAGUGGAUGGUCGAGGAGAAAGUGGCAGCUCCCCGUCAUACCGACCCACUUCUCAUCGUCGGCAACACCUGGAGCUAAGGGGUCCGGAUUUCUCCAAGCCACCCAGGCUGGACCUUUUACUGGACAUGCCAUGCGCUGGACUAGACACCCAGCUCCGUCACGCGUGGAACCCUGAUGACCGCUCGCUCAAUAUUUUCAUCAAAGAGGACGAUAAGUUGACGUUUCACCGCCACCCAGUUGCUCAGAGCACAGACUGCAUCAGAGGGCGGGUGGGAUACACGCGGGGUCUUCAUGUGUGGAAGAUCCACUGGCCUGCUCGCCAGCGAGGCACCCACGCUGUGGUUGGUGUGGCCACUUCUGAUGCUCCUUUACAUUCUGUUGGGUACACAGCGUUAGUGGGAUCAGACUGUGAGUCCUGGGGCUGGGAUCUGGGGCGUAACAGGCUCUACCAUGACAGUAAGAACCGAUCUCACAGCUCGCUGCCUUCAUAUCCUUGUUUUCUGGAGCCGGAGGAGUCAUUCACCUUACCGGACUCGCUCCUUGUGAUUCURGACAUGGACGAAGGAACGCUAAGCUUUAUGGUGGAUGGACAGUAUCUAGGAGUAGCAUUUCGAGGCUUAAAAGGAAAGAAGCUGUAUCCUGUUGUCAGUGCUGUAUGGGGACAUUGUGAAAUCACCAUGAAGUACAUCAAUGGCUUAGAUCCUGAGCCUCUGCCUCUGAUGGACCUGUGUCGGCGCGCGGCCCGCAUGGCGUUAGGUCGAGACCGGCUGCAGGAGAUCGAGAGGCUCCCUCUGCCCCAGUCCCUCAAAAAUUACCUCCAGUAUCAGUGACGGACGUGCAGACCAGACCAGCUGCGAGGCUACAGCUGGACGAGGAUUGAAUGAUGUCCACACUGGAGCCUGACUCUAACGGACAAACAGGACAACGGCGGAUGAACUCAGACGAAGAACUGGACCACACCAGCUUCUUUUUUUUCUAUUAUUUCAGGCUGCUUUUUUAUUUUAGACUUGAAGUAAAUUAUUGAUGACAGCAUCACGAGUGUCUCUCUCAUCCAGACUGAAGUCCAUCCUCUGAUGGCUCAGUGAGCGGUGGAAGUAUCAGCAGUUAGCAACCACCGCCACCUAGUGGUGGGAAAAAAACAGCAUAGAGUAAGCACACCAAUCACAUCCAAGGAGGCCUUUCUGACAUACAGUCACCGACCAUUUCAUUCCAGCUGCUGUGUUCAGCGUCUACACCGACACAGGUCAGCUGGCUGCAGAGUCCACAUGUUCAACAAGGUUUUAGCACAAAUGUUUGUUGUUUUUUAAACCUCCAGACCCAAUUAAGCUCUGACCGCAUGUAGAGAAGAUGAAAAACAUGGCUGCAGGGUGUUUGUACAGAACAUCAGUUAACUUAAGUGAGAGCUCAGCCCUUUUCAGACAUGUCCGUUCAGAUACUGUUAGUUUAAUAUUCAUGCUCGAGACGUUCAUAUUUUAUAAGGCAUGCAUUGAAUUUAGCACGUGAUGCUGCAGUGAGCUUUUAAAUGAAGCAAAACAAAAGGGUUUGAAAUAAACCACAAAAAGCAGACUCUUAUUUUUGUAUUUUUAAUUGAACAGAGACAGUGUUUGAUCAGAUCUAACACAUGGAUUACAGAUUAUUUGAGUCAAUACCCAUUUUAAUGAGCUUUUAAGGUUUUACUUUAAUAUUUAUUAAAUGUAAGGACAACUUAAAAUAAAAAAGGUUUGAAAUAUUGCAUAUUGAACUGAUUUUAAUGUCUUGACUGGGAAAUGGCUUGGAAUCGUUGUGUAACAACAACUGAACAGUUUGGACAAAAUGCUAAUCAGCUUCAGCAGAACAAUGUGGGUGUAGUUGUGUUAAAGUGACAAUAACUAAGCAGCAGCCCACAAAGUGUUGGCAGAUCUUGCAGCAGUCAGGAUGGAGCCGCUCAUGAACGUUUCAGGAAGAUGUUAGAAAAGUGUCUGAAAAGGGCUUCAGAGCAGACGGCACAGACCCGCCGCCCUUUUUGUGUUGAUUUUUGUCUCAGUUCUUUAGUGUAAGCGUGUGCUUCACUGCGCCGGCAUCCAUUCCUCACACGACACUAACGAUGAUGUCGGAUCGCAACCAAAGCUUUUGGCUCUGAGCCGCAGGGGGCCUCACCACGUCAGCGUCAUCAGUAGCAAAACGGUGUGUCUGUUCCCUCAUCAGAGUCACACAGCAGCUUCAGCCCUGCUGGAUCUGUGAGGAAGACUGGAGCUGGAUGUAGGAGGACAGCAGAGACAAUGUGUGGUCUGAUCAGGACACAUAUGACCAACGCACAAAAUGUCCCUGAAGACCAAUCAUGUUUUACUUCCUUAAAAUGGCUUGAGUCACUUUCUUUUUGUUGUUGUUUUUUUUUUAACGUCUGUUUGUAUUUUUUGUUCUGAAAAAUUAUUUCUGAGUCCGAUGAUGGUGAGAUGCUUAUUUAUCAUGAGCUAGUUGUGUGUUUGUUUAAUUACACUGACGGUUACAUUCAGGUCAAUUUAAUAAAAAAGAUGCUGAUGAUGAAGGGAGAGAGAAAUCACAUUUCUUCAAUGCUGCUUUUGUUAUUAUUAUUAUUAUUAUGAUUAUUAUUAUUAUUAUUAGCGAUGGUCUUACCUCCUGUUUUUCUUAGGAUGAUGAGAAAAUGUCCGUUCUAGGAGAAGAGUGGAGUCGGCAGACGCUGCAGCUGAGAUGUCGACUGAUAUGAAAUGUGAAUAAAAGCCAAGUGACAUUAAA